AUGAAUAGCAAGAUAUUAAAUUCAAUAGCUAAUGCUAUCGACAACAAAGAUGAAUUAAAGAAACGGUUAGAAACUGGUAGAAUUGUCCACCAAGAACUCCUCAACAGUGUAAAAAAUGUUCAAAAUCGGUUUGGAGGAAAAUCUGAAUUAGCUACUGAAGAUGACUUAAGAAUUGUGCAGUUAUGUGAAAAGUGGGAAAAAGUACUUAGCCAUGGAAUCAGGACAAACUUAUCAAACUCAGCUAUACAAAAUUUAGUUACAGCAGGUUUAAACUUCACUUUUAAUAUUGUAAAUGUUGGUAAUUCACUAUGGAGCUAUGCUUGUCUACAUUUAACGAAGCAUGAAAAGGAGAGAUUUAAAAUUCUUGCAAAUAUCAACACACCCCUUGGCUACUUUAGAGCAUUUUUGAGAGCUGCUUUAAAUGAAAGAUCCUUGGAAAGAUAUCUGCAAAGCUGGGUUUCUCAUGGCUUGGUUAUGGAGUAUUAUGAGGAAGGUGCUUUAGUCAGAGAUGCAGAAACUGCAUCUCAACUUCCAAGUGUGGCUUCUGGCCUUUUAUCUGUAUUAUUCGCCUUAUCAAUUGAUAGACCAGAACUAAAUGAAUCACUCCAAGCUAACCAGACAAACAAGGCAGAACUUGUAAUACCUUUGCCAUUACCAGUAAAAUCAUCUAACAAUAUGAAACGAAAACCCCUCCGCCAAGUAAUAUCUUUUGAUAAAAGUGAACAAAAAAAUAUGCCUGAAAAUAAAGUUACACUGCAUGUAACUGAACGAACAAAUAGUUCAACAUGGAAUAGUGCACCUGCAACAUGUCUGAAUUCACCAGAUCCAAUAACUGUGCCUCAGGCUGCCUCAACUAGUGAACCCACUAGCUCAGAGUACAAAAGUAGUCUAAGAUAUUUCUUCCCUGACAGUGUCAAGGCUAUUGAUAGUCCAUCGCAAAUUCUUUCAAGACUAUCAGAAUGUGCGAAAGAAAUUUUUUCAUCUUCUAAUAGUAUAGAUGUUAAUAAUAUUGCUAAGGAUAAAGAUGACAUAUCGGAAUUAAGUGUUAAUAAUUUAAAAAUUUCGGAGAGUGAUAGUGAAGAAGUAGCUGGAAGCAUUGAUGGAAGCACUUCAUGUUUGGAGCUUUGUUUUACGGAGGAUGAAAGUGUACCUGAAGAUAAAACACUAAAUUCUAUUUUAGAUAAUAAGGAAAAGGAAUUGAUUAAUUUACAAAAAAAACUUUCUCAAGUUGACGCAAGCAGCAGAGAUAAGAUAAAAAAGUUAGAGAAAGUUAUAGCAGAUUUAAGAAAAGAAAAUGAUCGACUAAAGGAGCAACUGCGGCAGUACAUGUCGGCGGUAGAAAUUGGCAAAGCUUUAAAAAGUGACAACGAUUGUGAUAGCGAACAAGUUGAUCUCUAUGAAAGGAAACUUGUUCAGGUGGCUGAGAUGCAUGCGGAACUUAUGGAAUUUAAUCAGUAUUUGCAACAAAAACUACUAGAAUAUGAAAGUAUAUCUGCAGUAGUGGUUUUGGAUUAUCCAGAAUCCAACGUAAAGGUUCACAUACCCAGUGCGUUUUUAGUUGGAAAGAAAACACAUUCCUAUCAUGUCUACCAGAUAUUUCUUAAGAUAGGUCAAGAGGAAUGGAAUGUAUAUCAUAGGUAUGCCAAAUUUCAUGAGUUACAUAUGCAGCUAAAAAAAUGUCAUCCAGACAUAGCAACGUAUAAGUUCCCACCUAAGAAAACAUUAAGAAAACGUGACGCCCACCUGGUAGAGCAACGACGGGUCGCGCUACAAGCAUACCUGCGUCACGUCCUACUAGUCUUACCAGAAUUAAGAGAUUGCACAAACCGCACUAACCUUAUAACAUUACUACCUUUCUUUGGAACCUCUUCCACUACGAAGGAAAAUGGCUUUAAUCACAAGUAUAAGAAAAGGCAUAAAGUAGAGGUAAUUAACAAUAUCGAAGAAUAUCUAAAAUUUAACAUAGCUGGACAAUAUUGCCGAAUAUAG